AAAUAAUUUUGUCGCAAGAUGAUGUUUCAAGUUCAUAUUGCUUGGUCAGUGGUAUUCAAAUGAGUAAAAAAAAAUAAUGGCAACAUGUUCGAGGUUAGAUACAAUUAACGUCGGGCCGGUAAGAGCAACUUCAGCCUGUUGUUCAUAGUGCAAAAGGUGACCGCUGGUGUCCCGACGUUAACAGAUCGGCUGCAUUGUCCCCACUAAAAAGCCUCCAGAGCCCCUCGGCGAGAGCGGGCGUCCUGCUCCUGCGAAAGGCGGCCAUGUGACCGCGGCUGGUCGGAGGAGGUGGUGGCUCGCUUUGCAUUGGCUGACGGCAGCGCUCCGCUUUUUCGUUUAUUUUUAGCCAAUGGUUAGGCUCACAUUGCAGGGUGGCGAGUUGAGAAGCGUCUCUGACUUGUCCCAACGCUCGGGAGACCGGAGAAACGCGAAGUGCAGUGCAGGUUUGCGGCAAAAAAAAAAAAAAAACGAGGGGGAGAGAAGCAGCAUCCACGGAGCUGGAGCUGCGUGAUACAGCCGCGUCCAAGUCAGCCUUUGGGAGACUUUGAAGACGGCAACUUCAUCUGCACGUCGCAACGUCGCGCUUGUUUUGAUUUGCCAAAGCAGGAUAUAUAAAAAAACUUAUAUAUUAAUUUUGAAUACAAAUUCAGAGCGUUGUAUAAUCUAAGGUUUUACAAAUGGCCAGUCCCAUUUCACAAACUGAGAGAGAUCUCCAACAGAAUCAGCUCCAGCCCUCGGAAUCGGCGCCCGAAGCCGCGUUUCAGGAGGCGCAGAAAUGGAUUGAGGCAGUGACGGGCCGCCGCUUUGGGGACAAGGACUUCCGCAGUGGGCUGGAGAACGGGAUCCUGCUGUGCGAGCUGCUGAGCUCCAUCAAGCCGGGACUGGUGAAGAAGAUCAACCGGCUUCCGACCCCCAUCGCCGGACUGGACAACCUGACCCUCUUCCUGAGGGGAUGCGAGGAGCUCGGGCUGAAGGGGUCACAACUGUUUGACCCCGGGGAUCUGCAGGAUACCUCCAUACGUGCCAACCCCAAGGGUUCAGACUGCAAUCGAAAGCUGAAGAAUGUCUUGAUCACCAUAUAUUGGCUGGGGAAAGCCGCCAACAGCUGUACGACUUACAACGGGCCAACUCUGGACCUGAAGGAGUUUGAGGGGCUGUUGUCACAAAUGAGGAAGGAGGCCGAGGACAUGGAGAGCCCCAAGAGGAACGUCCGGGACAGCGGCUACAUCGACUGCUGGGACUCGGAGCGCAGUGACUCCUUGUCGCCCCCGCGGCACGGCCGCGAUGACUCCUUCGACAGCCUGGACUCCUUCGGCUCGCGCUCGCAGCAGACGCCGUCCCCUGACGUGGUGAUCCGUGGGAGCAGCGAUGGCCGCGGCAGCGACUCGGAGACCGACGCCCCCCAUAGGAAGCUGCCGGACAUGCGCAAGGACGACAUGCUGGCGCGGCGUACGUCCUACAACGAGCCCCGCACCAUGGUGCCCUUCAACCAGUACCUGCCCAACAAGAGCAACCAGAGUGCCUACGUUCCCGCCUCCCUGCGCAAGAAAAGGCCGGAGCGCGAGGAUAGCCGCAAGAGCUGGAGCACGGCUACCUCUCCCAUUGGAGGAGAGAGGCCUUUCAGCCACCCAGAGACUAUACAGGAAGAGGGGUUACAGCCAGAGGACGGAGAGGAUCGUACUAGGGCUCCUCUGAAGACCGUCAUGGGGGGCGGGGUGACCUGCUUGGCCCCGCCUCUGUGGGAUGGCAAGGACGAGCAGGAGAUCAAGAAGCUGGAGCGGCUGGAGAAGGCUGGCAUCCGGGUGCUGCCCGCCGCCGUUCGUUACAGCAGCUCCAAGCUCACUGGCAAAGAGGCUCCCAGGGGCCCCACCCCUGACAUUAUCCUGCGGAAGGACAACGACUUCUCGAGGAUGCAACAGGAGCACGAGUCGGACUCGGGCGAGGAAGAGGAGGCGGAGCGGCGGCUGCCCGAUCUGGAGAAGGAUGACCUGGCCUCCAGGAGGGCGCGGAUGAGCCGCGGUACCCCCCGCGUGCGGCACCAAUUCCUCCCGUCCACCUGCAGCAGCCAGGACCGUGAGAGGUGGGAGCGCAUCCGGCGCAGCUCCCAGCAGGCGGCGCUAGAGAGGGAGCAGCAGCAGGUGCUCAGAACGCAAGAACGUAGGAUAGAGUUUGAAACUGGGGGGGGGGCGCAACUUAUUAAUGUGAAGGCAACUGUCUGUUUAGUGGGGGGCGCAAAUGAAGCCAGAUUAAAUACUGGGGCGUAUCUGCCCCCCCUUUCCUACACUCCUACCUGGCCCAUCUCCUUUCAUCAUUCCCAUGUACGUGCUUUUACCGUUGACUUUCCUGCUUUUUAUAUCUUUUCAUUCAUUCUGCUUCUUCUUUCUCCUUUUCCAUUUCCAACCACUGUCGUCUUGUUUUUUUUUUUGUUGUGCAUGGUACUUGUCGCGUGUGUGCGCAUGGUGGGCGGUGUUGAUGUUACGGACGACGCGUAUGCCUGUCCGUGCCACAGUGAGACUGAGGUCUCCUCCGGACUCGAGCCCAGCGCCAUCGCCCCUAAAGAAAUACCCCCAGUGCAGCCCCAGCAGCAGGAGGGCCAAGGAGUCAGCCCCCAGGCCCUACCUAAUGCACUGAAGGACGAUCUGGCCCGCAGGAGAGCGCACAGCGGGCCUCCACCCCAAAGGGAGAACCUGUCGGCCUUCAUGCAGGCCUCCAUCACCCAAUCCGACCUGGAGAAGUGGGAGCGCCUUAAGAUGACAGUAGAGACCAGCGAGACUGAGGCCCCCCCCCGGGAUUCGUCAUUUGGCAUGAUCGCCCGUAAGGAGAGCUCCUUGGUGCCGGAGGAGUGGGAGGAGCAGAGGAAGGAAGCGGAGCAUGGAGGCAGUCCUCAUGCGGUACCAAGUGUGCAGAAGGAUGAUCUGGCCCGUAGGAGAGCCCAGAGCAGCCUCCUCUCCCAAAGGGACACCCCGCAGAGCUGUUUCCAGGCCUCAAUCACGCCGUCUGACCUGGAGAAGUGGGAUCGCCUUAAGAUGACAGUUGAGACCAGCGAAGCCCCCUCGGCACCUGUCUGCCAGGCCUGCCUAGAAAAGAGCUGGCAGCCCCCUGCCAUCCAGGCCGAAACGGCCGCGCGGGACGACCUGGCCAGCCGGCGCUCCCGCGCCCACCAGCGGCCGGCCGCCAGCCGGCAGCGCUUCGUGCACUUCGGCCCCGUCACCGAGAUCGACCAGAAGUGCUGGGAGAAGCUGAGCAUAGCACGGCCGGGGGAGGAGGAACAGGAGGCAGAGGCAGGGGCGGGGCCGGGGAACGAGAGCCUGACACUGCGGCGCCUCCUGUCGGCCGCCGCUGUGGCCACACCCACCAUCGGCCUGGGCUCCCAGCUCACUGAGCGGGCUGCCAGUGGCCUGAGCGGUGGCGGAGCCGCACACUUGCCGAUGCUGCCCGAGCUGGUGCAGAGAGAGAACGAUGCUCUGGACCAAAGGCUGGCUCAGUACAAAAGGCAGGAGGAAGAAGAGGAGGAAGAGGAGAUGGGGGAGAGGUUGCCUGACCUGGAGAAAGAUGACAUGCUGGCUCGCAGGACCAAGGUCUUCCACAAGUCCACCAGCAGUCCUGCCUACAACAGGUUCCUCCCUUUGCCGCGGUCCAAGGUGCAAGCCCCGAGGGAGGGAGCCCUUAGUAGCCCCAAAGCUUUGGGAAAAACCAUCGAUGAUCCCGCUGGUAGGGGGGAGUCCCCAAAAGAGGAGGUGAUCCCCGACAGGCCGAAAGAUGGGAAGGAGCUCAGACCAGUGCUCCGUCACCAGGAACCCCAGGGAUUGGUGGACGCCGUGUCUCACUCUGACCAAGAUAUAGCAGUGCCUGUGUCUGCUACCGUAAAGUCCAGCGAUGAGGAGGAGUGUGAAGAAGAGAGGCCGCUGCCCGAUUUGGAGAAAGAUGACAUGCAUGCACGCCGGACUGGAACGUUUCAGAAAGCAGCUGGACCAGCCUUUAACAGCUUCCUCCCGGUCCCCGGGUCCGUCAGACACAAAUCCGCACCUGUCUCUGCGGCUGUUGGCUCCACUUACAGCAAGCCAGUGGAACAAGGAAACAUACCUCCUAGUGAAAGCCUGAGUAUCACAUACUCGGCGGAAACGCAGCAAGCUCCUCCUGCCGCCAUCACCGUGCCCCUUAUCCUGGCCGGGAAACCCGGGGGUGGCCCCGAAAAGUCCCUGCAACCCCCUCGGGAGAUAGAGGGAGAGGAGGCAGGAGAGGACAGGAAGUUGACAUCCCUUCCAGUUAAAGCUGGGGUAGAUGACAUGUGGAGCCAGCAGAGCCAUACCCCACCCAAACGCACUUCUCCCAGCCCCGCCUGCUACCUGCUCACACCAGAAUCCCUGCAGGGGGCAUCAGGGAGGGCCGAGGCAGAGGGGGAAGAACUGCCCUGGGGGCCUUCUGGGUUAGAUGACGAAAUGCCCCCAAUAUUCAGCCACAGAGCUGCUAGUGUGUCAGAUGACCCAGAGAGCGUCAGCAUGAUUGACAUGCGGUGUGAGGAAGAGGCCAUCCUGCAGCCCUACAGUCAGGCGCGUUGUGAGCUCAUGCAGAAUCAGUACAACAAGCUCCGCGAGGAGGAAGACCACUGGCAGGACGAUCUGGCUCGCUGGAAGAACCGCAGGAGGAGCGCCUCGCAGGACCUGAUCAAGAAGGAGGAGGAGAGGAAGAUGAUGGAGAAGUUGAUGACUGUGGAUGGGGCCCAGGGUCACCGGAGGAAGAGCGUCAAGACCUACAAGGAGAUAGUGGAAGAGAAGGAACGGCGUGAGCAGGAGCUGCACGAGGCGUACCGGAGGGCGCGUACCCCCGAGGAAGCGGCCGCCGUACUGCAGCACUACGCCCUACGCUUCACCAUCAGCGAGGCGGUGCUGGAACGCCUGCAGCUGCCCAAACAAGCGGACCCUGGCACCCCCUCAGCCGAGCCCUCGGCCCCCUCGCCGCUGCCACAACCGGCCACCCCGGACCUGCCCCCGGGCCCCAUGAAGAACCUCCGGCAGCAGUCUGCCCCCGUGCCCAAGUUCACGUCUACGGUGGAGGCCACUGUCGUGGGGGUGACCCAGACACCGACCACCGCCGCCGCCCCCCCACACCCGCCAACUCGCAUGGCCCUACCCAAGACUGUGCCACUUUUGGCCCCCAAACCCUACAUCACGCCCAGGAGUUCGCAAACAGGUCUCCGGUCCAUUAAGGCAGAUGGGAUAGUGCGCGUGAACGGGGAAACGGGGGAGGUGUCCAGCAGGCUGGAGAACAGCAGGGGCAGAGCCAAGGACAAUGGGGCGUCGCCGGUGAAGGAGGCGGCCUCCCUGCCUCAGGCUCCGCCCUCCACCUUCAGCAGCCCCAAGAAGGAGCCCGGGGAUGAGAUGGGAGGGAAGGACGUCGGUCUUGGUGCCCGUGUUGAGCCCCCGGCCGUGCAGGAAGCCGCCUGCGUCACAUGUCUGGGGGAGCCGGAACAGGCCACGCCUCCAGCUCUCACCGAGGUGGAAGCCACACCCAUCAGACCAACCUCCCUCCCCACGGACCUCCAGAGAGAGAGUGUGGUGUCAGAGACUGCUGAAGUCGGCUCUGCAGACACGCAGGAGAGGGAACCUGCAGCUGCACAGCAGCCACUCACAGGUGAUGAAGAGCAGGACGCGGCUUCAGCCGAGCAGGAGGCUGAGGAGGAGGGACCCCCUGCGAGGAUGGAACGGGGGUGUACGGUGACCACCACCAUCCUGACGGAACUCACUCAGACACAGAUCCUGCCCAGUAACAUGCCAGAGACGAAGAGGGCUGGGGACGAGGAGGCCUGCUCUCCAAGGAGAGCGGAGGCACCCCCUCCCAGCACCCAACCACCCUGUGAAGCACCUGCGUCAGAGUUGGCUUACAGUGCCGGUAACUCUAGGUUACGCUGGGAGUUCUUCACGUUGCCAGACGAUCAGGAGAAAGACCUCGUAAACAUCCCCACCCCAGUGUUGAGUCUGCCCAAGCGGGUCGACCACUGGUCUUGGGACCCGGACGAGGAGCGCAGGCGUCAGGAACGAUGGCAGCAGGAACAGGAGCGCAUGCUUCAGGAGAAGUACCAGCGGGAGCAGGAAAAGCUGAAGCAGGAGUGGGAGAGAGCUCAGAAGGAGGUGGAGGAGGAGGAAAGGAAGUACCACGAGGAGGAGAGGAAGAUCUUGGAGGAAACGGUGACCCCCCUGACCCCCGGGCUGCCCACCCUGCCCUCCUUCUUCGGCGACUCGACUGCACCCCCCAGCCCCCAGAACACCAUCGUCCGCUCGCUGGCCGACUGGGAACGCAAGCAGGAGCUGCUGGAGAAGCAGGCUAUGGAGCCACAACAGGACAACAACAUGGCCCAGGACGCAGGAACCAGGAACGGGUCCAGCCCGACCCCACAAAGCACCGGCCAGACAACAGCGAUCACACCGAGUCUGCAGAACGGCCAGCAAGCCCCGCUGGACCCCAGCCAGUCCAGCGUGCCUCAGCUGCAGUUCAUCCAGGAUGCAUCGUGGGCCAGCAAGAGGCCUGAGGCUCAGCAGCAGGACGAGGUGUUUAAGAAGACGGCCUCCCUGGAUCGCAACUGGAGCUCGCAGCAGGCGCAGUCGGGGGGAAUGAAAAGGUCUGGAUCCUGUGAAAAUGUAGGGACAAACCCAUCUAUGUCAUCCCCAUUCUCAUCUGCCACCCAGCCCCCGUCUCCCAACAGGUCGGUGAGCGGGAAGAAGCUGUGCUCCAGCUGUGCCCACCCAUUAGGCAAAGGUGCUGCCAUGAUCAUUGAGACUCUUGGCCUCUACUUCCACAUCCAGUGCUUUAAGUGUGGGAUCUGCAAGGGACAGUUAGGGGACACCAGCACAGGUACCGAUGUGAGGAUUCGAAACGGCCUCCUCAACUGUCACGAUUGCUACAUCAAAUCUCGUGCUGCAGGCCAGCCUACCACUUUGUGAUGACCCUUGACCCUUGUGAUGACCCUUGACCCUAGGAUAGGACGGUGAAGGGAACCUGAAUGGACAAUCGCCAAUGGGACAUGAAUUAGGCAGAGUCCUUCCCCAACUUUGCAAACCCCAGAUUUUUUCCCCUUACAGCUGACAGAGAAUUGAGUUUUUUUUUUGUUUUGUUUCACAACGAAAAUAUGAAAAUCCCCCGGUUAUUUAGUUGGUUUUAACAACUAUGGUGAGUUUCCAUGGUCUUUUCUACAACUGGUCGUGUGACAUGGCAUUUUUAGAAAUGUAUUAUUCAAUAUAACGUUUUUUUUUUUACUUCACAUAAAGUUCUCAGUUUUUGCCAGAUCUCUUGAACAACAUCAGAACCCAUACUGUAAACGUAUAUCCACAUUAAAAUAAGCAAGCAAAUAAAUGCACACAGUGAUGUUUUUAAAGAUACUGAAGCAGUUUCUUGGUAGAGUUUCACGGUUGCUUUUUUCAGCGGGCACUCUUGGUUCCAGCAAACAAAGCUGGAAUCUUUAUCAGAUAACUGUGUUUGAUAUUUGAUCAUAAUGGAGAAUGUUUCACUCUACGAAAUGUGUAUAUGCAUCGCAGCUGUCUGUUUCAUACUGUGUACUGCCGACUUGUGGCUAAAAUUCUUAUCCCUGGUGUUAUGCGCGAAUCUCGGUUCGUACACGGCAGUUAUAUUAGCUAAGAAUGGAGCACCGUUGUUUUCAGUUCAUUAGAUAUGACAAAAAAAACUGCAUUGAAUAAGAUGGCCGGAUAUUUGUGACUCUCGUUCAGUGUGUGUAGUUCGACGGAAAGAGGAUUUUCAAAAUUCAUCACUAGACGAAAAUGUAUAUUUUUGGAGUAUGGAUCAGCAAGACAUUUUGUAAUGCCUUAAUCGUACACUAAUAACAACCGAUAUUAUUGUUAAUUUUUGGACGUGUAGCAGUUUAAGUUGGAGAGUUCCAAUCGAGCUAAUAAAUUGCGGUGGUUUGAGGAUAUAUGUUUCAUGUUUUCAAAAUACCAGAAUUAUGUAAUUUGGUUAUGGCUGUUGAAUCCGAUUCAAUAUUUAAUCUGCCUUAAAGUGUGUUGUUAAAGGCAGGUCGAACAGACGUUUGGUUUUGUGAGGAUAUACAAAUGUAUGAUUCCGAGGUAGUUUUUACGUGUCGGAUUGAACCACCUUUUUCUUUGUUAUUUCUUUUGCUGGUCUGAUUUCAGUGAAUAUUAAUUAGCCCGCUAACGUAGCAGUAAUUUAUUUAAAUAAACACAAUGCAUGAUCGCUCUUACGUUAAUAUUUCCCCAGUGGCAUACGCCCCUAAAAUGUUUCGGUUUCGAUUUGAUAUACUGCGGAUUUAUUUUAGGUAACAUUACAUUAAACCUGUGCCUUAGGAAUGCAACUGAUUGCACACAUCAUGUAAUGUUGGGUCUCGAAAUUGAAUCCAAAGAUGAUGUCUUUGUAUCGGCAGAGGCUGCAUUCUGCUGACAUCGGUCUGGCGAAGUUGUGCACAAGCUAAAAUAAGCGCUUUUCUGUGAUAUGUACCUUUCUUUUAUUUAUGAUUGAAUGAGCUCUCAGGCAGGAAUUUCAUGUUCCUAGACACUUCCAGCUCGACUGGUUAUUUUUAAAAAUGGUGUAUUCACAUUAUACACUAUGCAUUAUACAGCAAAAGCAAUCUCGCGCGCGCGCUACUGUAAAACGUAUUUUACAGUAGGUUUGAUACAUGUGUGAGUUAGUCUUGUUUGAAGUUUGCUACUUUUGAGAAAUGGCAAGAGGAAGGGAAAACGUUCGUCUCCACGCGAAUCGUUUUAAUGAACCUGAAGCACAGAUGUACCAGCAGCGGACCCACUCUCAUAAACGACAUUUGCCAGACCAUUUCGCCAUUGAUCUGUCCGUUCGUAGCUGCCAGAGAUAAAUGUAUCGUUGGGGAUUUCCCUCAACCGAGUGUAUGUAUGCUUUUACAUUUCCAAUGUAUGCCUAACCGUUCCCCAGAACUUAUAAACCAGUGAAUAUCUUGCAGUUCCCUUUUUCUUUUUCUAUACAGCUUUGCAGUCGAAACCCAGUUUAGUUUCUCCUGUUAUGCAGUAUUGUUUAAGUUCUGCUUAUGUAUUACGUUUACUUAAAAUAUGAAAGGUAUGAAGCGAAAGGGAGAUGGGGCAGUAAUAAGGCAAUAAUCUUGUGUAAUAAUGUGUGGGAGGAACACUUGUUGAAAAUAAGAAUGAUACUUGUUUAAGUUCUGUAUUUAUUGUGAUAUUGCUCUGAAAAUAAACAAUCGAUUUAAUAGAUAAGAGAUGUUCAAAUGCAAUGGCUUUUAUAGCAAAUGUUAUGUUUAUGUUUAUAAAUAAAAUGUUUCAAAAGCA